AUGAAGGGUGAUUUUCAUUAUGGGUCGAUUUCAAAAUCUUCGAAUCUUCUGUCAGACGUUGAGAAAACCAUGGCCAUGGCCUUGAGAAGCUGCUGCGGCAACCCACUUCAUGGGUCUGGAAUUGGAUUUGAUGGGUGGUUGGUUCCUAAGAGGGGCGUGGUCAGGAAGAUAAACCGAAGGGCUUCAUCAUCAUUAUCUUCUUCUUCUUCUUCCUUGGAUAUGUUGGCUGAAGUUGCAACCCAACAAUUGAUGGAGUUGGAGGGUGGGAAUGGACUCACAACCAAGUGGGUUUCUGACGAAAAAACUGUUAUUGCAGAAUUCAUCAGUUUCUGUGCUAAAAAGAAAAUGUCAGAGUUGAAAACAUUCCCCUUCAGUGACAUUAACAUACCCAAAAAGAAAAGGUCAAGUAUGAGGAGGACUCAAAUAAGGAUUUUGCCACAUGCUUCUCAUGAUUCUGUCCAAAGUGUACGUUGUAUGAACAUGAAAAGGAAGAGGAUUUCUUCUCAUUCUGGGAGUGAUCGUCAAGACUACAACAAUGAAGCAUUAGUGCAAAAGAAACAAAAGCUGGUUCAUGUGCAAAGUAGUGCAGAUUUGAAGUUACCAUCAUCACCGAAACCAAAGAUGCCUCAAGACAUGAAAAACAUGAUUAGUCGCAGUGGUGGUGGACACCUCAAAUUGUUUUCCAUACCGAUGAAGCAGGUUAAAGAGGAUUUUCUUAGCGAAAAGGAUCAGACUGAGUUGAAGCUACGUUCUGGUCACAAUGAGAGAGUGCAGCUCUGGUCAAUGAGUCGUAAAUCCCAACUUCGCUUUGCGCUUGUUAAGGUUAGCACGACAAAACCAGAAGUGCAGCAAUGUGGACAUGGUGCAAGCACCUGUAGCAGUAGCCAAAGUGGACAAACGGGCUCCUUCAUUUCUUGUAUUAGCCAAGACUGUUAG